CCCGCGGGAGUAGAGCCGACGAGAGGCGCUGGGAUCUUCCGUGUUCGCUCACUCAGCUGAGGGUUCGCCGAGGGGCGUAGACUGCUUCCCUGUUCCGGGUCGGAACGUCGAGAUACUGCCGCAAGGGAACACUGAGGACUUCCUGGAGGAGGCGCCGAUCAGUCUAGCGUGAUGGCUGUGAUUCUGCCCCAUCUCAGAGACCAGGCUAUGGAAGCUAUAUUCCUGACAGCAUGUUGGAAGGAAUUGCUGUCCUUUGAGGAUGUGGCUGUGUACUUCACCAGAGAAGAGUGGGACAAGCUGGACUGGGCUCAGAAGGACCUCUACAGAGACGUGAUGUUGGAGAAUUACAGAAACAUGAUCUUGCUGGGUAAUGAUUCGGCCUGAGGAAGUGGCUUUGAGGGCUUUGAAUGUCUGCACCAGUCCUCAACCCCUUAUCUGCAAUUCUGAAAUCAGUAAAAGCUCUGAAAUCUAGAAGUUCUUUCAUAGCUUCUUUGGCUACAAGAACCAUCCUGAAGUCAUAAGGGGUAAAACCUGGUAUUGUACAUGAAGCUAUUUAUCAUCCUUAUUUUUUCCCACAUGAUCUUUUUAUCUAUGCAGUUAGCAUCAGAAAUAUCAGUGAGUUUCGUUAAGGGUAUAGCUCCAAACCUGUUGCAGUGGUACAUAAUAGAAAACAUGCACACCAAGUCACCUUUCUAAAAUCUGGAAAGAUUCUGACUCUUGAAACACUUCUGAACUCAAGGGUUUCAAAUACGGGAUUGUGGAUAAUGAAUAAUUAACUUGUUUUAGUGGUUGGAGUUGCUUAAUCUGUUUCCCACCCCACUGCAUCCUUCACCUCUGUAAGACCUGUAGGAGUUGAAAAGAUUAUGGGUCCCAAAGGCUAGCUGCUUUCCCUCUUGAUAAGUUAUUUUUCUUUCUUCUCUCUGCACACCUUGUGUGCAGCAUCACCAAGUGCCAGGGAAAUGAUUCUUAACGGACUUCCAUUUCUGAGCCUUUAUCACUUUCGUAUUCCCAGGGCCUGCCUUUGUCUUACUCCAAUGCAGUCUCCUCCUUUGGGCACUUCCUUGAUAAAUAGUUUUGUUUCUGGAGCCACAUGUUUGACCCCCACCCCACAGACACUCUUGGCAUAGUCUUGACCCCCCUUUCAUGGGAUUGCCCAUCCACCUCUGGAUUUUUGAGGUUUAUUUUCAUUUUGAAAGCACUGUAAGAGUAUACUUGAAUGCAUGGAAGGUAGAGGAAAGCAUGAAGAGGUGAGGUAAACAUUCAGGGGUAACAAUAUCUUUUAAAUAUUUCCUUCCAGCUUUCUCCCCCUAUGCUUUAAAAAAAAACAUAGCUGAGCAUAUGCUUUGUAUAAUUCUGUAAUCCCAUUAAAACUUGAUGACGAUAGUAUCAGCAUUUUCCCUGUUAAAGUCCCCAUCAAUAUCAAAAGAUAGUAGUAUAAUUCUGUUGUAUGAGCCAUAUUUAAUCAUUGUUCCAUUUUGGGAUGCUUGCUUGGCUUUGUUUUUGUUUGUUGAUUUGCAUGUGUGUUUAUCAUCUUCUGUAUUACAAUGUUCCAGUGGAUUUCUGACUAUAAAUCCUUACAUGAACAUCUGAUUAUUUCCUAAAUGGAAUUUGGAGUUAAUGGGUAUAGACACUUUUUCCUAUAUAUUUCUGAGUGACUUUUAGUAGGAGUUGAAAAUAAAAAUCAUUUGCAGGCCCACUGCCCAGAAGUAACCUGUUAACAUUUUGGUGUACUUUUUCCCAGUCUUUUUAAUAUGUGUAUACACACACACAUGUAGUUUUUAAAAGCAAAAUUUGGAUCAUACUUUACAUGAGGUUUGUAUUCUGCUUUCAAAUAUAAAGGGAGCAUUUUUCUAUUUUAAUAAAUAUUCUCUGAACACGAGGAUUUUAAAUAUCUGCCUAAUACUCUUGCCUUCAUUAUGUUAACUUGCUAUGCUUUAAUCUGUCCCCCAUUGACAUUUUAUUUCUAUUUUUGCACUAUUACAACCGUGCUGAGCAUCUCUGGUACAUUAAUCUUUGUCCUAAUUUUUUCUUAAGCUGUGUUUCUAAGAGGGAAAUGACCACGUCCAAGAGUGAAUACUGUUCAGGCUUUGAGUAAAGAUUAUCAGAUUUUUCACAAAGAUAGAGCCGAUUUCUAUUCCCACCAGCUCUUUUGAUUAUUAUCCUUAUCUCUGCUUCCCACCUUAGACCCCAAGGGGUUAACCUGAGCUCAAGAACAUCUCUCUGUAACUCACUAACCACAUUCCAUUUACUUC